AUGAUGGAGAAAGUCGGACACGUCAACAUUGCAAUGACAGAAGACACCGGGACCAAUGGCACCCACAGGUCAAAGGUCAGCGUGGACCAGAACAAGCAGUCGUCUGGAUCCACUGUGAGCUUCCACAACAUCCAGUACAAAGUGCAGCUGAAGACUGGCUUCAUCUGCAACAGACAAACCGCUUCCAGAGACAUACUGCUGGACCUGAAUGGGGUAAUGAAGCCUGGCCUGAACGCAAUCCUUGGACCUACUGGAAGUGGAAAAUCUUCAUUCUUGGACAUUCUGGCUGCAAGGAAAGAUCCAUCCGGUCUCUCAGGGAGGGUUCUUAUUGAUGGAGCACCACAGCCUCCAAACUUCAAGUGCCUCUCAGGAUAUGUGGUCCAGGAUGAUGUGGUCAUGGGCACGCUGACUGUGAGGGAGAACCUACACUUCUCUGCAGCUCUGCGGCUGCCGAGCUCUGUGCCGCGCGGCGAGAAGGAGGCUCGGGUCGAUCGCCUCAUCAAGGAGCUGGGUCUCACCAAAGUGGCUGACUCCAAGGUGGGAACGCAGACGAGCCGUGGAAUCUCGGGAGGAGAGAGGAAGAGGACCAACAUCGGCAUGGAGCUCGUCGCCGACCCCCCCGUUCUGUUCCUGGACGAACCCACCACAGGACUCGAUGCCAGCACUGCUAACUCCGUCCUGCUCUUACUGAAGAGAAUGGCCAGUCACGGAAGAACCAUAAUUAUGUCCAUCCACCAGCCUCGCUACUCCAUCUACAGACUGUUUGACACUCUGACCUUGCUGGUCAGUGGUAAAAUGGUGUAUCAUGGACCAGCCACUAAGGCCCUCAGCUACUUCGCCAACAUUGGUUAUCCCUGUGAGCCUCAUAACAACCCAGCUGACUUUUUUCUGGAUGUAAUUAAUGGAGACUUCACUACCACGAUGAAAAUGCACAGCUCUGAGGAUUUGGACUUCGAGGAGCUCAGUGGCUCCAGGCAGAGCAUUGAAGAGCGUCUGGUGGAGGAGUACAGGAACAGCAGCGACUCCAGCGCCACACGGGCCGAUCUGGACCGCAUCGUCCAGGAUGAGGAGUUUAUGUUGCGCCCGCCAUCUCAUGUCCUCACCUACAACAACUCCUUCUGCCAUCAGCUGCGCUGGGUGCUGAAGAGAACCUUCCAGAACCUCAUGUUGAAUCCACAAAUAUCUGUUGCCCAGCUGGGAGUCAACAUCUUCCUCGCCCUAAUUGUGGGAGCUAUUUUUUUUGGCGUCAAAAAUGAUCAGAGUGGGAUCCAGAACAGGAUGGGAGCUCUCUUCUUCAUCACUAUCAACCAGUGUUUUAGCACGGUGUCCGCGGCUGAGCUCUUCAUCAUUGAGAGGAAGCUCUUUGUACACGAGUACAUCAGCGGCUACUACAGGGUGUCCGUCUACUUCCUGUCUAAGGUCUUGUCUGACAUGACUCUGCGCACCAUCACCUCUGUGAUCUUCAGCUGUAUUGUCUAUUUCAUGAUCGGGCUGAAACCCACGCUGGCUGCAUUCCUCAUCUUCACGCUGACGGUGACUCUGGUGGCCUACACAGCCACAGCCAUGACCAUGGCCAUCUCAGCCGACCAGAGCGUCGUGGCCUUGGCCAACAUCUUCAUGACCAUCACCUUCGUCUUCAUGAUGAUCUUCUCGGGUCUCCUGGUGAAUCUGCCCACCAUCAUGGACUGGUUGGCCUGGCUGAAGUACUUCAGUAUUCCUCGCUAUGGUCUUGCAGCCUUGAAGAUCAAUGAGUUUGUGGAUCUGAAGUUCUGCACGGAGGCCGUGAUCCGAAGCACCAACACGUCGACAAUGAGCAGCUGUGUUAACAUGGCUGGCCUGAUAUGUACGGGGGAACAGCAUCUGCACUACCUGGGGCUGGAGUACACCACGUGGGGGCUGUGGGAGAAUCACGUGGCUCUUAUUGUUAUGAUGGUCAUAUUCCUCAUCAUCGCUUACCUGAAACUCCGAUACACCAAGAAGUUUACCUAAACAUGUGAUUUUGCCUUCCCCUCUUUGGGCUUUGAUAUGGAAAAAAGUGGUUGAUUUUAACAUGUUCUGUUUUUGACUUUCCAAAACGUCUGGAUGCAAUAUUACUUCUUUUUAGCAAAUGACUGAUUAGAUGUCUAGAAACCAUGAAAUGAAUCCUCUGUGAUGCCUGAUGUUAGCAUUUAAUAAAAUAGUACAGAUCUUUUCAAACCACCAAGUUUGAUUUGGGCUUAAAAUAUAAAAAACAUAAAACACUAACAGGUUAUUAUGUUUCAAAUUACUUAUUUACUGAUGCUCUGAAUAAGUCAUUAAUC